AAUAUUUAAGCCUUUCUUGCCAACUUGAGACAUAUAAAGACAUGGGCCCAUGUAUUUAGGGUUGAAGGUUUGAAGCAUUGCUUUGCCAAUUGGUUUGAGCUUUGAGGAUAAUGUUGUGUAUUGCAGAUUUUCAGUCAAGUAAGGAAGGUGAAUGAAACCCACGCACGUGAUGACUUCUUUGACGUUCCAUCAACUUUGUAAAUAAAUAACUAAAAUACUGUUGAGUGGUCCCACCGUGUGCAAUAACAAGCCAUAACUCCAUUCUGUAGAGCAUUGCAAGUAGGCAGAGCAGAGACAGCUACUAGGACGGUAGAUGUGAUGAAGAUGGCAAAAUUUCAUCGAGUUUUAGAUACCAUUUUUGGAUCAACUAUGAUUUUACUGCUGAUUCUCAUUGCCACUGGAUCCAUUAAUGAAGUUAAAGCUCAGGCAGGGCGUCUUCCUUCUCAGGAAGUGGAAGCUCUGCAAGAAAUAGCAACCCAAUUGGGCAAAAAAGAUUGGAACUUUAAAAUAGAUCCUUGCAGUAAUGAUACAAAUUGGUUGACGCCAAUAUCAAAGGAUAGGCCUUAUUUUUCCAAUAGAGUGAAUUGCAAUUGUUCCUUUCUUGGGGGUGAAUGCCAUGUUGAAAGCAUAUUUCUCAAAGCGCAAGAUCUUGCUGGGGUGCUGCCUCGUGCCAUUGUGAAACUACCUUUCCUCAAGAAACUUGAUCUUACUCGAAAUUACCUUACUGGAAAUAUACCAAGUGAAUGGGCUUCUACAAAGUUGGAAUUUUUGUCCCUUUCUGUCAACCGCUUAACGGGACAGAUUCCCAGCUAUCUAGGAAACAUUACCACACUUACAGCCUUGGGCAUUGAGAACAAUAUGUUUUCAGGAACUGUUCCCCCUCAGCUUGGGAACUUGGUUAACAUGGAGAUUCUAUAUCUUGGUGCAAACAAUCUGACGGGAAAUUUACCGCUUGCUCUUGCUAAUUGGACCAAACUAAUAGAACUUAGGAUUAGUGGCAAUAACUUCACUGGAAAAAUACCGAGUUUUAUUCAAGGCUGGAAAAAUCUUCAGAAAUUAGAGAUUCAAGCUAGUGGUUUUGAAGGGCCUAUUCCUUCUGGCAUUUCUGCUUUGAACAAUUUAACCGAACUAAGGAUUAGUGACUUACAUGGUGAAGGCUCAGAAUUUCCAAACUUAGAGAACAUGACAGGGAUUAAGUUGCUGAUGCUGAGGAAUUGCAAUAUAUCCGGUUCUAUCCCCCCAUACAUCGCAGCAAGGCCAACACUGAAAAUUUUAGAUCUCAGUUUCAAUAGAUUGGGAGGAAAUAUUUCAAGAGAUCUUGAAGGUCUAACAGAAUUGGAGAAUGUGUAUCUGACAAGUAACUUGCUCUCUGGACCCAUCCCAGACUGGCUCAAGAAUGGAGAUACUCGAGCUGAAAUAGACCUUUCUCGCAAUAAUUUUACGGAAAUCUCAUUGCCAAAUACUUGUAGAGAUACACUAAAUUUGUUUAAAAGCACUUCAGGAGGGAACGACUCAAAAGCUGCUGUGGAGUGCCUGAAAAACUUUGCUUGUACAAAAGACAGAUACUCGUUACAUAUAAAUUGUGGUGGAGGUGCAACCACCAUUGAAGACAUCAGCUACGUAGCAGAUGAAGAGUCGGGAGCUGCAGCAAAAUAUGUUCCCACAAGGGAGAGUUGGGAAAUUAGUAAUAGUGGACAUUUCUGGGAUAAAAAUAGAUCUGUGAGUGAUUACAUAGCACAAAACGUAUCCAUCCUCAGGAUGAAGAAUUCUGAAUUAUACACAAGAGCACGCGUCUCGCCUCUCUCCCUUACAUACUACAUCCGUUGUUUAGCAAAAGGGAAUUACAAUGUGAAGCUUCACUUUGCAGAGAUAGUAUUCAGGGAUAAUAGCUCAUAUUACAGUCUUGGGAGACGGAUAUUUGAUGUUUAUAUCCAGGAAAAUCGUGUCUUGAAAGAUUUUGAUAUCACAAAGGAAGCAGGAGGGGUAGAUAAGGUGAGCAUUCAGAAUUUUAAAGCACUUGUUAAGGAUGGAACAAUUGAGAUCCACCUUCGUUGGGCUGGGAAAGGGACAACAGCUGUCCCAAUUAGAGGAACGUAUGGUCCUCUCAUAUCUGCAAUCAACGUGGAAUCUGAAUUGAAGCCUCCCUCUUCUGAUGGAGGCAAAAGGAAGAAAUUCAUUGUGGCUGGAGCUAUAGUUUUGCCUUUGUUCCUCAUUCUCAUUGUAGUAGGCACUCUUUGGUGGAAAGGUUGCUUGGGAGGCAGGGCAGCAAAAGAACAAGAACUUUUAGGUUUGGAUUUGCAAACUGGUAUCUUCACCUUCAGACAAAUUAAAGCUGCAACUAACAACUUCGAUCCUGCUAACAAGAUUGGACAAGGUGGCUUUGGAUCAGUCUAUAAAGGAACACUAUCAGAUGGUACUAUAGUUGCUGUUAAGCAGCUUUCUUCCAAAUCAAAGCAGGGACAUCGCGAAUUCUUGAACGAAAUAGGCAUGAUUUCUGCUUUGCAACACCCUAAUCUUGUUAGAUUGUAUGGAUGCUGUGCUGAAGGGAAUCAAUUAUUGUUGGUAUACGAAUACAUGGAAAACAACAGCCUUGCUCAUGCUUUGUUUGGCACUGAGGAAAUCCAGUUGAAAAUGGAUUGGCGUACGAGGCAUAGGAUUUGUGUUGGCAUCGCAAAAGGUCUGGCUUUUCUGCAUGAAGAAUCUGCUUUGAAAAUUGUACAUAGAGACAUCAAAGCUGCUAAUAUUCUCCUUGAUAGGGAUCUAAACCCUAAGAUUUCUGAUUUUGGUUUGGCCAAGCUUGAUGAAGAAGAGAAUACCCAUAUCAGUACCAGAGUUGCUGGAACUAUAGGUUACAUGGCACCAGAAUACGCGUUAUGGGGUUACUUAACCUACAAGGCAGAUGUAUACAGUUUUGGGAUUGUUGCAUUGGAAAUUGUCGUUGGGAAAAGCAACAUGAAAUAUCGACCAGAUGAAAAUUUUGUCUGCCUCAUGGAUUGGGCUCUUGUUUUACAACAAAAGGGAGACCUAACGGAGCUGAUUGAUCCAAGACUAGGGUCCAACUUCAAGAAGGAAGAAGCAAUUAGAAUGAUAAAGGUGGCAUUACUAUGCACUUUUUCUUCACCUGCACUUAGGCCUACAAUGUCUGAAGUAGUAAAAAUGCUCGAAGGACGAGCUCCUGUUCAUGAAUUAGUGGUGAAUCCAGCUAUGCAUGGAGAACAACUGGAAUUGGGUGGCCUAAGGAGCAAAUUUGAUCAUAUUUCGCUUCAUAGUUCAAGUGAAAGUCGGUCUCUGGUUCAUUCAUCAGGUGCACCAUGGACUGCCUCAUCAUCUUCAUCUGGCCAGGAUCUUAGUUCAAUUAAUCCUGAUUUGCAAUAGUCUGUAACUUCAUUCUGCUGUCAGCUUUCAUUGUGUGUGAAAUUUUGGCUUCUUUUAUCAUAAAUACUGUCAAUUGUACAAGUUAAACCAACACUUUCUUCCGAAUAUGCAAGUGUUAGAAUUUUAGCAUCUGAAUUUAUCUAUGUGCUACACAAUAAGUGGUUGUUUAUUGUCACUCCACUUUGCCUUAUAAUAAAAAAGCCACAUCAUAUUUGUCAACCUCAA